CUCGCACCUGGCACACCAACGAGCCUGUCAUGUGUAUAUAACGGCUUGACACAGCGUAUAGCCAUAUGGUAGGUGAUGUAUCAGGAGGGUUGUAUCGAAAACACAGAGUGUAGAGGGUCAUCGGCACCCACACCGCCGUCUGUGAAAGAAAAGUUGCUGUUGCAGCAUCGACAUCUCGAGAUGGCUCAGCCGUCCCAGGAACACCCCGGUGCUCUGCGCGAGGACGGCCACGCAACUGCCGAACGCGAGGCACGAAUUCUAACGUGGAAUAUCAAUGGGCUGAGGAAGGUGGCCGCGAGUCACGGGGGAGUGAAGCAGCUAUUGGAUCAGUUCAAUGCGGACAUCGUUUGCUUCCAAGAGAUCAAGAUCACCAGGGCCGGUCUAGUUGAGCACGAGUUGGCGCGGGCGCAGGGUUACCACGGCUUCUUCCACCACUGCAAGCUGCCCCGAAAGGUGUCGUACUCUGGCGUUGCGACCUUCGUCCGAUCGGAGUCCGGGCUGAAGACCGUGGCGUCGACGACGUCUUUCGGAGACUCGGCGUUUUUCGGCUCUCCCGGGAGCUUUGUCGGGGAGCGAAGGCUAAGCCCGGACAGACUAGCGGCACUGGAUUCUGAGGGACGGGUGCUGGUGACGGACCAUGGGCACUUCGUGCUCUUCAACGUAUACGCUCCGUGCAUCAGGCCCCCCGUCUUGUUGGUGGUUUUACCGGUGCAGCUCCAGCUCCGACGACGAGAAGGAGAAGACGGAAGAUCGCCGGGCCUUCAAGCGAGAUUUCUUGGCCACGCUGGAAGCGCGCAUCCUCGAGAUCCGAAGCCGUGGGCGAGGAGUCGUGCUGGUGAGGUGGGUGAUUUGAACGCCUGCGCUAGUCAGCUGGACCACGGCUUCACCAUGACGGAUUCCGAGUUCUACGCCUCCAACUGGUCCAAGUGGAUCCGGGGGAUGCUGGGGUUGGGCUCGCCGGAGCCGCCGAGGCUGGUGGACUGCUUCCGGCAUCUGCACCCGGACCGCAAGGGCGCCUUCACAUGUUGGAACACCCAGACAGGGGCACGUGACAACAACUACGGCACGCGCAUUGACUACAUCAUCGCGGGGACGGACUUCGCAGACCGAGCUCUCCGGGCAUGCGAUAUCAUGCCGGACUUUCUGGGAUCGGACCACUGCCCCGUGCGCGCGAGGUUCGCGUUCCCUUUGGCGGUGGGGUUGGCGGCGGAUGCCCCGGGCAAGAGCGAAGGCGACGAAAUCGCAAGAAGCCGGUCUGAGAGCGAAUUGCCGGAGCACCCGCCCGAGUGCUCCUGUUUUUACCCAGAGCUGACGGCGAAGCAGGAGAAGCUCGCCAAGUAUUUCGUGGCCGGCGGCCAGAAUGAAGAGUCUGCCGUGGGUACCGAAGGGAAGGGGGCUUAUGACAGGUUGAUAGGAGACAGGAAUGGCGCCGGGGCGAGCGGCGUUACGCGGCCUGCCGCGGGCGGCAGAAGGGGCGUGGUCGCGUUCAUGAGGGCUUUGCCGGGUACAGGCGUAACGGGGAAAGACGGGGCCGGUGUUGCUGGAAGUUUGAUGAUGCGCGCGAAGAAAGUAGGGUCUGCAGGCCGUACAUCGAGCACUAGCAGCAGCGGUGGCGGUAGCUCGACGGCACGGCGGCCUGGCUCCGGUGGGUCUCGUCAGAGCAAGCUUGCGUUCGGGCCCGUGGCAAAUGAUAACGUUUCGACCUCCGCGGGCGCCGCCAGUCGGGAAGCGCCUGCGGGCGGCCGUGGCGAGGUGUCGGGGACUAGAAGAAGAGCUGAAGGCGCCGUGCCUUUACGCACGGGAAACGAGCGAGCCGGUGGUGGUGGUGCACAGACCUCUCAGGCGAUUCAACCCCCCCGUUCGACGGUUCACGCAUCGGGUGGGGGGCACGACACAGCAGGGGCCGGUGGGGGGUCAGGCAGCGUUAGCACGAUUGGUAGCAGCAGAAUUAGCAAGCCUGGCGGUGGAGGCGGGGUCGAUACAGGGUCGGGCGAGGGGCCGAACGGGGCUGGUGGUAGUCGGGACAGCGCAGAGGCGUGGAAGGCCAUUUUCGGACGGAAGAAGAGCGCGCCGACCUGCGAGCACGGGGAACCGUCCAUCCAGCGAACCGUUCUUAAGCCCGGUCCAAACCACAACAGGAGGUUCUACACUUGCGCUCGUUCGGCGGGUAACUGGCCGACGGACCGAAACGCGCGUUGUACUUUUUUUCAGUGGCGAAGGGACGGGGUUAGGGGUUACAAGGACAAACCUCCCCGCGCUGAGGGCGGUUCGAAUAAUAUUAAAAAACGACGCACGUGAAGUACCGACCUGCUGUCUGUGCAUACCGUUUCGGAAGGAUAUUGGCUCGCGAACGUUUUGUUCCGUGCUUGCUGCUGACCUGGAUCCCUUCUGGUUGUCCGCACUCUGUUCUACAUACGAGUGCUUCGAUGUGCCAUCUCGAACGAAAGGGGGCGCGUAAAAGCAAAAACCCCCAAAAAAUUGACGCUGUGAAUCAAUUGCUAAUGUGUCUGAAGAGUCUUUCUUCGAUAAAGAUGGAUUCGUUGGGUCAUGUUGACAAAAAAAACAAAAAACAUGCCGAACACACGGCUUUGUACUGAGUUGAGAGUUGAACGAUGUUUUUGCGCUUUUGGUUACUCUUGUUGUAUUGAGUGCAUCAUAGAGUGGUCGCACGGCACUGAUGCAGGUAGUCUACUCCUGUCUUACAGGCGCCGGGGAUCGGAUCAAUUUGGCAAUCAUCCCGCUUGGCCCCUCAGAGGAGGUUUGCGCGUCAUGACUCCGAACUCCGGCGCAAGAUGCGGCGCAACUACAACAACGUUGCCUCCUUCUUGAUCAUCCCACACACCGCCGGCCGCGCAUCACAUCUCAGCUUCGAGUUCCACAACAGUGGAAAUGCAUCCAGGUUUUAUGCUCCGCCUCGCUGCCCUCCCUGGAAUAGCCCACGCCUUCGUCGGAGGAUGGGCUUCUUUCGUGGUCGGUGCCGAGCAACAUCGACAGCAGCAGCAUCGCUGUGCUGUUGGUAAUCCCUUCGCGCGAGCGGGUAGUCGUAGCAGGUUUGCUGGCUCCACGAGACGGCCCCCUGUUGCGGCGCCUGGAGCAGCACCUAGGAGGCAGCAGCUCCGGCUUAUGCCCAACGAGUACGAAGCGUUCUUCAACAAGGCGUCCCGGUUAGGGGCGGACGCGACGAGAGACCUCGCGCCCGAGGAGCGCGCGCAGAGAGCUAUGGAGGCAAGGGGAGAAGCUCGAAGACGAAAUCAUUGAGAUCGCGACCGUGUUGCGAGAGAAAGCGGAUGAAAUGGUGGCCGAAACGGGCGCCAUUAACUUCGAGAUCAUCCAGCCGAUGAUCGACGAGAUCGCCGUCUUGAAAAGCAAGUACAAGGUGGUGAUGGGGGCAACUCAGACAAUGGACGGAGACGGAGCUCCGGAUGCCGAUGAUGGAGAGGAUGCCAGCUCUUGUUGACCUAGACCACGCCUGCUAGACGUCCAUUGUUUCCUCUACGCUGCUCGGGCCGGAGGAAAGCCGUGCCCGUCGCAGUUGGCUCCCUCGCUUGAAGCUUUUGGAGAGGGGUGGCUGGGGUUCCCGACUGGUGCAAGGUAGUAACCCCACUCACUUGGACUCGCUGUGGUCGGGUUUCAGCUUGUGUACUCUGAUCGGGCUGUUGUUGUGCACCCUCUCUUGGAGCCUUCGUGCAGCCGUCCGAAGGUUAGAUGUGGGGUGGCUGGUUUACGGUCUUGUUAGCGUGGUACUCACUCUACUAUACUAUUCCUUUUACUCGAGAGCUAUAAUACUUUUGUCGUUUCACGGUGUCCCACUGUAGUGUUUUCGUUUCAAGAGUGUUCAUCUGGAGUGUGCAAGGAGUAGCAUUGGAUAUAUAUUACGUCUCACUGCUGCUGCAUCGCAAUCAAACCAUCUUGGGCCGCUUCUGGCUUGAUCGGCUUCGGCAAAGAUGCGCAAUAGAAAUGACCCAGGUGGUAGCCCAUACCUUCCGUGUGGGCGCCGUAAUCUCUUCGUUGCAAGGGAAAUGCUUAUAUGUAGCCCCUAGAUCAAGCUGGGCAAGAUGCGAUGGACUCCCUAAUAAGCACCGCACGAGAAGCAGUUGAUGAUUGUGCGAAACUGCCGCAGUGCUGAAGGUGCUUUGUCGCACUCGGAUUCUCCUUGUCCAUGCUGGGACCUUUCAGAAUGGGGACACAACCAUGCGUAUGAGUGCCGAACACCUUGAAUGUUAUCCGUGUAGCGGUCGGUGCCUCCCUACACUGUUACCGCUAGAUUGUUUUGUGCUUGCUGCCCCGAUUUUGGCACAGUUGUAUGUUUCGACAGAGCAGCUCGAUCGUGGAGGAGACUGCAGCGUGGUUUAGUUUUGUGCCACGAGACCGUCGUGUUUGGCGUGUUGGCCCUUGAAAUAUUCCCGUCUGAUUGUAGUUUAACAAGUGAAGCACAAGAAGCAAAUUUAGUAACCGGUAAAAUGAUGAAAGGUCCCGUGUUUUUGUUAUGAGUUUUAAAGA